GUGAGGAUGGGUGGUGGAGGUUGGGCUUUCCUUAGCCUUCUCAGAAAGUAGAGAUGCAGUUCGGCUUUCUUGACUAUGGACCUGGUGUUGAGGUACCAGGUGAGGUUUUACACCAAGUGAACACCAAGGAAUUUAGUGUUCAUGACAAUGUCCACUUAGAAGCCAUUGAUGUUCAGAGGAGACUGGUCGCUCUCUGUCCUCCUGAAGUACACGAGGACACAGCCCUGGGGGACUCAUUUGAUUUAAGGAAAUCUGUAUGGAAAGUAAUGGGGACAUCAGUCUAAGCAGAGAUUUUCAGAUGCCUGACCAGCUUUCGCAGCUUCUCCACAGGGAUACCCUGCAAAUCCAAACCAGAUAAUAAAAAUCCAGUCUGUCGAAUCUCUUCAUCUAGUCUUCGGUCCUCCUCUCCCAGUUGGCUAUGCCCCAAGCAUCUUCCAGUAUCCAAAAGUAUAUCACCACCAAGACACAAGCCGUGAUUCACAUGCCAGUAGCACUUCCAAGAGGUCUACACUACUGUCACGUGGACAUCGCUGGGUCACCUUCUCAAGGUUCUACAGGAUUAAAAUUUGCCCUCUAACUUCAGUAGCUGUCUCCUGUCAUCCACUCUGAUUUAAAAUAUGUAAAUCUUUAUGGAAAAGACACCAAGACAUCAUCAUACUUGAAAACGACAAAUGGAAAACAGCCAGAUACUGCAGAAAAUCCACUGCAGAAGAGUGAGAAUAAAAACCUCUCGACAUUUGGUUGUUUUGCUUCUUACCAUUUCAGGACUUAAGAGAGUUUUUCCAACAACAUCAGGGAUGGAGAAGCACCAUUUCAUACUCCUGUUGUUUACAGGAGCCGUCCCCCUCGUCCUGUCUGUGACGCGCAAGUAUUAUCUGAUCCAGGAUGAAAGAAAUUGGACCGAUGCUCGAUCUUACUGCCAAUCCACACACACCGACCUGGCUGUCAUCAAAAGCAAUGAAGACAUGAUCCAACUCCAGAAUGAAGCCGACAUUCAACAAUUCAGUUCUUAUGCAUGGAUCGGAAUGUACAUGAACAUGUAUGGCUUCCACUGGACUUAUGGAGAUGAACCACUGGGGAGUUUGAUGUUCUGGGAGGAUGGAGGGCCAAACAACAGAUGGGGUGAUGGAGUGUUAUGAAUAUCACCCCUACAUAUGCUUUGAUGAAACAAAGACUGGCAGUGACAGAUACAUUUACAUAGAUGAUUCUGUAGAGUGGACUGACGCUCAGACUUACUGCAGACAGUAUUACACAGACCUGGCCAGUGCAAAAGAUGAGAACGAAAACUCUCUUAUACAGAGUAUAAUCUCUGGCAGGACUUGGAUUGGUCUGAUUAAAGAUGGCUGGAAGUGGGUCGACCAAACCAACUUCUCUUAUGUCACCUGGAUAUCUGGAGAACCUAAUAAUUACUGGGAGAAUGAAAAUUGUGGUUAUUUAGAAAUGGGUGAGGCUGGUGAUUCACAGUGCUCUGAUAUCAUGCCUUUCUUCUGUUACGCAGCAACCGCAAAAACACAAACCGUGAGGAUGAAGAUCCAGUCCAAUCAGGACUUGAACGAUCCUGCAGUAAAUGAGGACAUCUUGGAGAAGAUCAAGCAGAAACUGAAGGAUCAUGGGAUGGAAGAGGACGUCACAGUGAAAUGGAUCAUUAAACCAGAUAGAGUGGUGUUUCACAAAGAGAAAGGAAACUUUUAGUGAAAUAGAAAAAGAAAAUCUCCAAGUCUAUAGCUGUAAUUCUGUAAGGCGUUAGUCAUUUUGGUUGAGUAGAAUAUUCACUCAGGGAAUUUGGUAAAUUCACUGUUAGAGGGAUGGUGAAGGAGAAAACUGUCAAUUACUUCGAAAUGAUCCUGCAUGAACUUUAUAUAAAUAAUUAUUAUUGCUUCCUCAUCAUACUAGUUAACUAAACCAUUUUUAUUAAUGAUCAAGUAGAAUUCAUAUACUAUGUUAUAUAAAAUAAACUAUCAAUCUGUAUUUCUCUCUACUGAGAUUCCUCCUGAGAUCCAUCUGUAAAAGAAUCACUGUGCUCUUCUACUAAGUCAUGAUUUUGUAAUAGAUGCACGGACACUAAGUCAUUCCCAUACCAUCAGAGAGGCAUCUUUUUGAACUAAGUGCUGAUAACAAGCUGGAUGGUCCCUCUCCUCUUUAGUCUGAAGGAUGUGGUGUUCAUGUUUUUCUAAAAGAAAUACAAAUUUUGAUCCAUCUGACCACAGAACAGUUUUUUUUUUUGUCUCAGUACAUUUUAAAUUAUCUUUGGCACAGAGAGGAUGACAGCAUUUCUGGAUCAUGUUCAUGCAUGCCUUCUUCUUUGCAUGUAGAUAUUA